CAUUGUAUGUAAGAACACUGAAAUGGAGGAAUUCACGAACUUUGCCCCAAAUUUCAAUCGGAAGCCAUUGCCCUAAGCCUAAUCUCGACACUCUUUUCCGUUUCGAAACAUGAUUCACUCUGCAAUCACUCUCAGAAACCGUUCGAUCGUCCCCAAUUCACUCCCUUUUUUGGCUGCCGACAUGUUUCCUCGGCCGUGUCGGAACUUUCCAGCCAAUUUCCGGCGGCAUUUUCCGUUCCAAUCUCUCAGAUUCGCUUCCUCUCCGGUCGGGAGGUGCGAUGCGGCCGCGAAGUUUGACUUUAAAGGUGGAAAAGGAAUAAUGACAGGGUUCCAUGAGGUGGAACUUAAAGUUCGGGACUAUGAAUUGGAUCAAUAUGGUGUUGUAAAUAAUGCUGUUUAUGCAAGUUAUUGCCAACAUGGCCGGCACGAAUUGUUGGAGCGGAUCGGUGUCAGCGCAGAUGAAGUUGCUCGUAGUGGCGAUGCAUUAGCUUUGACGGAGCUUUCGCUGAAGUUUCUUGCGCCUUUAAGGAGUGGAGACAGGUUUCUCGUGAAGGUGAGGGUGUCGGGAUCUUCUGCUGCGCGGCUGUUCUUCGAGCAUUUCAUCUUCAAGAUACCUAAUCAAGAGCCGAUCUUGGAGGCGAGAGCUACGGCGGUGUGGCUCGACAAAAAUUAUCGACCUGUCCGUGUCCCGACAGAUAUGAGAUCGAAGAUCGCGUUGUUCCUCCAAGACAAAGAAGUGUAGGGAAGGGAAGGGAUGGUUUCUUAUGACCUUGCUAACAUUAAUUGGGAAGCCUCUUGUCUGAUUAUUAUUAUUAUUAUUAUGUCUUGCUCUGUCUGUUGUUUCUUAUACGAAUACCAUGAAGAAGAAUGAUGGAUGGUAAUAACAUUUAUACACCCAAUUAAUUAAUUAUCUACUUUUAUACA